AUGUCUUUAAGAGCAGUGUUAGGGCUUCCGGGACUGGCUCGAGGCUUUGUGAGGAAUUACCAACUUAGUAGCACCACCAGAAAGACGAUUCCCGUGUAUCCUGCGGUGGAAGAGCCAUGCAAACCAAACCUAUUGAAAAGACUAUCUGAAAAGGACAUGAACGAGAGCUUGGACCGCGAGAGUUGGAGGCGGACGCUGGUUUCACCUCAUAAUAAGGAUCGUUUGCGUGCGGGCGAUGUGGUUCGUGUGGCUUACAACGCUCAAAAAUGCAAAUACGAUAAUUUGAUGGGAUACGUGCUAUCGGUUGAUAGAAAGGAACUGACGCAAGAUGCGUCGAUUUUGCUGAGAAACCAGUAUGCUAAAACGUUUGUGGAGGUGCGGGUUCCGAUUUUCUCGCCGCUGAUCGAACGGAUCGAUUUGAUCAGACGUGCGGAUGGUCGCAGACACAGAGGCAAACACUACUACAUCAGAAACACCCGUUUGGACGUUAAGGAUCUGGAAGCCGGUAUGCGCAAGAGACGGUAA